UGGUGAGGUGGCGUCGGUGCCGUCCGGCAGCCGCGGUUUGGCGCGAUGCUGAGGCCCCAGCCUGGAGCCCGGCCGCUCUGAGCGCCCGAGCCGCCCGCGGAGACCAUGGCGGAGGACUGCCAGCCCACCCGCCCCUCGGAGGACGAGGAUGAGGAGCGGGAGCCGCUGCUGCCUCGGGUCGCCUGGGCCCAGCCGCGGAGGGGCGCGCCCGGGAGCGCCAUGAGGCUGCAGGCGGACGAGGGCGCGGCCGUCCCCCGCGAGCCCGCCAGCGACCAGCCGCCGCUGGCGGCCGGGGACGCGUCGACCUCCACGAGCUUGUCCAUCGAGCCGGACCGGACCCGCGUCUCGGGCUCAGAGAUAAAUACAUUCUUGGAAGACCCAGAAUUUGCUGAUAUUGUAUUGAGAGCAGAACAAGCAAUAGAAACUGGAAUUUUCCCAGAAAGAAUCACUCAGGGGUCAAGUGGAAGUUACUUUGUGAAGGAUUCUAAAAGGAACAUUAUUGGUGUGUUCAAACCCAAAUCAGAAGAACCUUAUGGCCAGCUGAACCCAAAGUGGACCAAGUAUGUCCAUAAGGUCUGCUGUCCCUGCUGCUUUGGCCGAGGCUGCCUGCUUCCUAACCAGGGCUACCUUUCUGAAGCUGGUGCCUACCUGGUGGACGAAAAGCUUCAGCUGGGCAUUGUACCAAAAACAAAGGUGGUUUGGCUUGUCAGUGAGACAUUUAACUACAGUGCAAUUGACCGUGCAAAAUCAAGAGGCAAAAAGUAUGCCUUAGAGAUAGUGCCAAAAGUAGGUAGAAAGUUCCAUCGAAUAGGACUUCCUCCUAAGAUUGGUUCCUUUCAGCUGUUUGUGGAACAUUACAGGGAGGCUGAGUAUUGGCUUAGGAAGUUUGAAGCUGAGCCUCUGCCUGAAAACAUUAGAAAACAAUUUCAGUUGCAGUUUGAAAGAUUAGUGAUUUUGGAUUACAUCAUCAGGAACACAGACAGGGGAAAUGAUAAUUGGCUAAUCAAAUAUGAAAAGACAAAAUAUGCAAAGAAAAUUCAAAGAGAGGAAUCAAACUGGAUCAAUGAUAAAGAAUUGCUUAUUAAAAUAGCUGCAAUUGAUAAUGGGCUAGCAUUUCCCUUUAAACAUCCUGAUGAAUGGAGAGCAUACCCGUUUCACUGGGCUUGGCUCCCUCAAGCUAAAGUUCCUUUUUCUGAAGAGAUCCGAAACUUGAUUCUACCCUGUAUCUCUGACAUGAACUUUGUACAAGAUCUGUGUGAAGAUCUCCAUGAACUCUUUAAGACUGACAAAGGAUUUGACAAAGCUGCUUUUGAAAGUCAGAUGUCUGUGAUGAGAGGUCAGAUCUUAAACCUCACUCAGGCACUGAGAGAUGGGAAGAGUCCUGUGCAGCUGGUGCAGAUGCCAGGUGUGAUCGUGGAGCGCAGUAAAAGCGGCGGCCAGGGGCGGGUUGUACACCUAGGCAGCUCCUUCACCCAGACUGUCCACUGCAGGAAGCCAUUCUUUUCUUCCUGGUAGCAGAUGUAAGGGGAACAACUGUGUGGUGUUACUCUUCUGAUAAAAUAUUACACUGAUGUAAAUCUGCUGCUGAGAGCACCAGUUGCCAAAACCUCAAAUAAUUCAAGUCUUUAAAUAUAGACAAAAUAAUACUAUAUUUUGAAUGUAAUCAAAAGUUUACGAUUUUUUCUCCAAAUAUUAAAUUUCUAUUUCAGGGAAGAAGUGAUAUAUCUCCUAUACUAUAUUUUUAUAGAAAAUUUGUACUUUAUGUUGUAUUACUUUAAAAAGUAAUUUUGUGGUUUAUACAUGCUAGCAUGACUAUAAUUGUUUUCUAGAAUUCCAACUAGAAAAGAAAGGUUGACUUUGGAUGCUGAAACUUUUUAUAUACUUUUUAAACAUGAGAAAAAUCUUCUUGCAUUCAUUCCAAAAGACCUCUGAGGGUGGUCAAGCCAGAAACUGCUCUUGUGGACUCUUCACAGAGUCGCCAGUGAGAAAACAGGGAGACUAAAGCUCCAUUUGAAAGCUGCUGUUUUAAAACUGGAAGAAGGGCCCAAAUGUGGGCACUACUGGGGACCUGGAAGGUGAAUGCUGCCCAGGUGACAGACAGAUGACCAUUAUUUUUGUACUUUGAUAUCUUAGUUAGUGAGCUCUUCUGUUUUAAUGGGGGAGAAAAAUCUAAAGACAUCUCCCCUCCUUUUUAUAAAAAUGAAAUAACUGAGAGCUAAAUGGAAUAAUGUGAAAUUAAGGUAGAGCUCCAGUAUUUUAAAAUUACAACAUUGCUUUAAAAAUCCCCUUUUGUUUCUCAUAUGGGAUCAUUUGAAAAUUAGUACUUCAAAAUACUAAUCUUAACUGUUUAGUACAUCAGUUAGUAUUGAACAUCACUGCAAAGUAAACCAUACAUACCCUGAAAGUGUAUACUGAAUUUCAGCUGGGGUCAAGGGUCCGAAAGCCUUGGAAACAGUCGACCCACUCUGAAUCGGAAGGGAACGUGACUCAGACUAUCCCAUGGAUUUUAAACAUCUCUUCCUUGUUGCAGCUUGAGCAUCUGUGAGCUCUUUGGAAUUUGUAGCACUGUUUAGUCACCAAGGCAUGUAAGUGGAAAUGAGCCCAACAGGGAAUUGUGACUGCAGAGAAGAGAGCAUUGAUGUCUUGCUUCAGGCUCAAAACCUUUCAUUUGUAGUGUGUUGUCUUAGGAUUUUGUAAUGAGCUAUUCUUGUAUGAAAGUGUCUCCAGGUGGUUGGUUACAUUAGGGUGGGCAGACUCGUAGUCUCCUGUCACAUCUGUACCUGAGUCUCAGUGAUGUAAUGAGUGAGCACACCACUGCCCGAGUGCUCAGUUGGAAACCUGUGUCCUCCUACCUCUUCUGACCUUCCAUUAGCUCAGCUUGGAGAUAAUGGAACUUGAGUGGAAUAUCAAAUUAUACCACCACCUGUUGGCAGAUACUAGUCAUUAAAAUGUGCCUUUCUAAGAUGUCUUCUGCAAGAGAGGGCAUAGUUGCCUUUGCUGUAGUAUGGCUUUCACAAAAAGUUUUUUUUUUUAGUAUUUUGAGUAUUGCUAUAUUAAUUUUUAUAACAAAGAACUUAGUAAAUUACUACUGUUCUAUAGUCUAAAAUUAAAAUAGUUGAAGAAUAUUUUUAACUGUCUGACCGUGUUAGAGUAGUUGAGAUAUUUAAAGAUUACAAGUGAAAGUACUUAGGCUGUGUUUUGUAAACAUUCAUGAACUUAAUUGAUAUUUAAAUAUUGUGGGAUUUUUUAAUGAGUAUAUUUAUAUUGUCAAAAAUGAUAAG